CGAUCUCACUCUCGACAAAUGUCAAACAAAUUUGACAUUUCCCGGAUGUAAACAUAUUGAUCGCUUGUAUUUUUAUCACAUUUUAUUGAUUUACUUCGGGUUUAGCUGAACAAAAUGGACCAAGAAACUGCGAAAAAGCUUUUACUCGAAGGAGGAACGUUUGUUUUCCUCGGAGUACCUCAAGAAACACAGUUUGGCAUAGAUAUGCAGUGUUGGAAUACAGAAGAAGAUUUUCGCGGAAUUAAAAUGAUUCCACCUGGAUUGCACUACAUACAUUUUUCUGGAGUGAGCAAAGGAACUGGAGAUGUGUCGCCAAGAUCAGGCUUCAUGCACUACUUCCACAAAAAAGAGUUUCUAGUCAAAAUGUGGGACAAAGAUACAGAGGACAUGAGUAAAGAAGAGAUUACAGAAGAAAGCAUCCAGCGCCUGAAAGACAAUCUGUUUAAUUUGGACCGUCACCUUGCACCUUACCCCUAUGAAAUAUGGCAGAAAUGGAAACUACUUACUUCUCAAAUACCUGCUGAAUUAGCAGCUAAACUGUCGCCAGAGAAUGGUAUGAUCAGAGCUUCUGUUGAACUCCUUUCUAUGACUGAUGAGGAAAGACCAAGGGGUGUGAAGUCUACAGUGUCGGUGGAAAGUCAAGAAGGUGCCGAAGAGUCUCCAAAAGUCUCGGGUGAAGAUAAAGAAGAAGUUGCUGGACAAUCUACAGCUAAGAGAGCAAAGAGAGGUACACAGGAAGAAAGAGAAGAUGCAAUGCUACCAGAUUUGAAACCUGCUCCAGGUAUGUCAAUGAGAUUCACAGAAAUUCCGCGCGACAAGUUUCCGCCGGGAUCGACACCAGAAGAGAUUACGAAACACUAUUUGGACCAAUCUUAUUCAUUGGAACUUAUGAUCGCACAACAUGAUGAGCCGCUACAUAUCAUUGGCGAACUUCAAUUCGCAUACCUGUGUUUUCUUAUCGGACAUUCUCUCGAAGCUUUUGAACAUUGGAAAAAUCUGGUGAUCCUCAUGUGCUCCUGCGACGAUGCCAUACACAAAUACCGCAGCGUGUUCUUCCAUUUCAUCAGAACAAUCGAAAUACAAAUUGAAGAAAUGCCUGAGGAUUUCCUUGCUGACAUUGUUAUGAACAAGAAUUUAGUUUACAAGAAACUACGGGAAUUUUUCCGUACUGCUUAUGUGAGCAAAGUCGACGGCCGUCUUCUGACAAUGAUUGAGAGGUUCAAGGACAAUCUGACGGAUAAACUGCAAUGGGACUUCACCGGUUUAGAUGCUGAUGAAGAAGACGAAAGGCCAGUUAUAGUCCAGCUGAAUGAGGCAGAGUAAUUCUUAUUAUAAAUUUAAAUACAUUUAAGAUAAUUUUGUUGUCGAUUUAUUCAAACACAUAUUUUAUUUGUGUGGUGAAUCAUUUAAUUAUAUUAUUAUUAAUAUAUAGUACUGUGUAGUUAUGAAAUCGUUUACAUAUUAUGUAAGAUAGGUUGCAAGAGACCAUACAAGUACCUAUGUGAUCUAAAAGACAGAAAAUUACAGAGCACCUUCUACCAUUUUCGGUAGAACCAAUGGUGGCUACCAGUUUUUGUGAACUUUAAAUAAUAAUUCGCCACAUGUUACACAAUUUUUAUUAGGUAGGUACGUAUUUAAGAACUGCCUUACUGAGGUAGUGUGACAAUGGAGGUUGAAAAUGAGAACCAGAUAGGUUCUCA